AUGCAUGGAGUAACAGAUGAAAGAGACAAGAAGAGCGAUGAUAAGGGCAUUCUUGGUACAGAUUAUCCUGAUAAUUGUGGAGAAAACAUUCAUAUGACAAAAGAUGGCAAAAUAGCUUUGCUCUUCCAGGCAACAAGCCAGAAGUGGGCCAGAGCAGCCAUGAAGGCAAAGCAGAAAUGUAUUCUGACUGGGCAAAACAAUCCUAGAUUGGAAAGCAAGCCACACUGGGCUGUCCAGUAUAAGCAAACCAAAGGAGACAUAGUGCAGAGAACAGGGAAGAAGGAAGAAUCCAAAAGAAAAGAUUUCAUUAUGGCUGAGCAGAGCACAGCAACAUCACUUGGUUUAACCAUUGAUGGGUUUUCUGGAGACUACAGCCCUUCAGCAUUCCCAGAGGAAGAUGAUGAAUCUGAACUUUCUUCCUUCACACAUUACCUGUUUCUCUUUGCCUGUCUUUUCAUUAUUACCCUUGCAAUAUUCAUAUGUGGCCUGGUGGGGAAUGCAAUUGUCAUCUGGUUUCUCUGCUUCAUCGUGAAGAAGAAUCCCAUCACCACCUACAUCUUGAACUUGGCUCUAGCUGAUUCUUGUGUCCUUGUAACUUUAGCACUUGCAAUUUCAGCUAGCUUUUGGGAUGUAGGAGGAAUUUCCUCUGGGCUGAGUAUUGAACUGUUUAUUUCCACACAUGCCAUUAGCUUAUAUCUUCUGACAGCCAUCAGUGUCGAGAAAUGUCUCUCUGUUGUCUUCCCAAUCUGGUAUCGAUGCCACCGUCUAGAACACCUGUCUGAAAUUGUUUGUGCAUUUAUAUGGGUAAUGUCCAUUCUGGUCUUUGGAAUCUAUCACUUUUUAAUUUCAACUGAAUCUGCAGACUUUGACAUAGUGAUUUGUGUCGUUCAUAUGAUCAACUCUGUAUUUUGCACACUUGUUGUGGUGAUCUGUACUGUGAUCCUUUUCAUCAAGGUCUGCUGCAGUUUACAUCGACGCCAACGAGGAAAGUUCUACACAGCUCUCUUGCUUGCUCUUCUUUUCUUCCUCAUUUUUGGUGUUCCACUCAGUGUCAUAAUAACUCUUCAAUAUCUUCUUGCUGAUAUUAAUAUAAUAACGGCAUUAUUUGGAGUAGUAUCUGCUGUUAUCAACAGCAGUGUUAAUCCAUUCAUUUACUUCUUAAUUGGAAGGAAAACGACGCAUCGACCCAGAGAACCCUUGAAGGUGGUGCUGGAAAGAGUUUUUAGUGACAAAGCUGAUUGCAGAGAAGAUCAGAGUCUUCCAGCCACAACAGAUUCAAUGAUGAUGACUCCUUAA